UUAGGGCUAUAUUUCUCUUUCGUCUGAUGAUACGAAAAAGAAAGAAGGCCCUUUACUCUUUCCCACUCUUUUUCGCAACCCUUCAACUCCCCAUCCCCACUCGGGAAAAAGAAAAAUUGCAACUCUAGCCACAAACACAGAACGAUCGGCACUCAUCUUCGCAAGGUUUAUGUUAAAUUUUGCUGAAUUUUCAUAUUGUUUGCUCAAUUGCUCUUGUGAUUUGAGAUGAACCUUUAUCGGUGGAGGAGAGGAAUAAAGAAAAUAAUCAUGUCUGGUUAGGGGUCGUAUUUAACAGACCACAUUCCUUCGAGACUUUGAAUACUUUAUAAGUUUUAUGCUUAAAACUAUCAACUUUUCUUACAGAGUAUUAAAAUAGCUGCUGCUGAAAUGGAUAAAGAAGAUCGAAUAAGUUAUCUGCCAAGAAAUGUUAUAGAUCGUAUCUUUGAGCUCCUGCCUGUCGAAGAUGCAGCAAGAACUAGUAUUUUGUCCACAAAGUGGAGAUAUAUUUGGGCCGCGCUUCCAAAUCUGGUGCUAGAUAAUCUCUUUUGCAAUAAAUUAGCAUCAAGAUCUGGAUAUAUUUUCGAACAAACAAUAGACAAGAUUCUCUUACAACAUGUUGGAGAUAUUGUUACGUUUGAUCUUGAUAUGUCAGGACUAGAGUUGUCUCUGUGCCCAGAUAUAGAUAGAUGGAUACUUUAUGCCACCAGAAAUAGUGUCAAGAAGUUAAAGCUUAACAUGACAGAGUAUAGAACCUCCAAAGUGCCUUCUUAUAUAUUCAAUUGUCCAACCCUGACAAAAUUGAAACUCUUCAACUGUGUCGUUAAACUCCCAAAAUCCUUUCUUGGCUUUCAGAAACUUACAACGCUUUUUCUGCAAAAAGUAACCUUUGAGUCAACUACAAAAAUUUGUGUUAUUAAUGUCCCCCUUCUUGUCAAAUUGUCCUUGAUAAACUGUAAUGGUACUCAAUACCUCAACAUUGUUUCAGUUGGGUUGAAGUACUUGCAUUUUUGUGAGAGUCGGUGUAAUCUUGACCUAAAUUGCUUUAUGAACUGCAAACAAUUGACAUGUUUGUAUCUGGAGGUUGAUAAUUAUUCAAUGCCUGCUGAAAGAAUAACUUUGGAAAAGCUUCUUAUUAGCUUUGCUACACUUGAGGUGCUUACGUUGUGUUCAUUUGAACUUGAGCUUUUGAGUGCAGGUGCAGUUCGAAAGGGUCUUCCUUUUACGCUCAACUGCUUGUAUCAUCUAGAAUUAGCUGUAAACUUCAAAGAAAUCGGCCAGAUUUAUUAUGCAUUCGAGUUGAUUCAGAGUUCCGCCAAAUUGAGUAAACUUGAUAUUUGGGUCUAUGAUUCCUGUGAUACUGCAGAAGCAAUUUUGAAAUGUAUAGACACACCAAUUACUUUCUUGGACCAACAGCUCAACACGCUCAAAGAUGUUGCUAUGCAUUAUUUUAAGGGUUCAAAAACUGAACUGUUUUUCAUCAAGUUGUUGCUUGCUCGUACUCCAUCUUUGGUAAGGAUGAAUAUCGACCCGUAUGGUUCUUUGGAAGACUGGAAUAUUGCCAUUGAAUUGAUGCGGUUCCCUAGAGCAUCUCCCAAGGCAGAGCUAUUCUAUUUGACAAAUGUAGAUAAGAAUUUACAAGCCGUGGAUUGAUUUGUGAUUCAAGUCUACAAAGGCAGGAUGCUAUAUGUUUUCAGUGUGUUCUCUUAAUUACUUUGAUAAACUUGUUCUUAAAUAGAUGUUUUGAAAGUUCAGUCUUAAUUGAUGUGUGUGAUGAGAUUAGCAGUUCCUUUUGCUAAUGUCUUCCAUUCUAAUUUGGUUGUUUGUUUUGUGAGUUGAAAGAAAUGCAAGGAACAGAAAAAAACACAUCUGAGAACUUGUGUUU